UACCCUGUUUUUUUCUCGGCAUUCUGAAGAGAAGAUAAAUCUGCUCUUUUUUCCUGCCUUUGUAUUUUUUCACAUCAAAUGAAUUAUUUUAUUUGAAACUGGAUUGAGCUGCUGCUCCAAAACUUAAUGCUUGACGCCUGAAGUUCAGACCAGCCAAGAGGGAGGGAGGGAGGAAGUAAGGCAGUAAAAGUUCAGUUGGUUUCUAUCUCCUCUCUUCUCCCCCUUGACCCUGCCUCGUGUCCUGCUUUGAGAGCAUCGGUAAGUCUCGUCUCUUCAAAUCUUCAUCUCUUCUUGCCAGUAGGUCAAGGACAAUGCUUUCCCUGUAAUGUCAAAGAGGAACAGGGCUUAUUUGACUAAUAUAAUGGAUUGAUGUAACCAACAAAUAGUGGACAAAUAGACUCUGCGUUAGCAAUGUAUGUUCUCAAGCUUCUUGGAUGCCUAGUUCUGGGAUCCUCACUGACAUUGUCUGCAGUUUCUGAAUCAAGCAGAUGUGAACCAAACUCAUGCACCGUAAUGGCAUGUGGCAACCCAGGACUCAAUGGUUUACCUGGAAGAGAUGGGAAAGAUGGCAUAAAGGGAGAGAAGGGAGACCCAGGAGAUUCCAUGAGAGGACCACAGGGUCCUCCUGGGAAAGCUGGGCCUCCUGGAUCCCCAGGAACUCCAGGGAUCCCAGGAAUUAAAGGGAACCCAGGCCAAAAAGGACAAAAGGGAGAUGCUGCCGCUCUUGAUGCGAUUCAAAGACAAGUUGCAGCUUUAGAACAGAUUACUCGGACUCUUCAGGAAGACCUUAGAAAAUCCAGAAAGCGUCUUUUGUGGCAGGGGGCAGUGAGCGUUGGUGAGAAAAUCUUUGUUUCAACCGGCCAGCAAGAAUCUUUCUUCAAGGGGAGGGAUCUGUGUGCCAGUGCAGGUGGAAAACUUGCCAGCCCAAAGAAUGAGGCUGAAAACAGAGCCUUGACAGAAAUGGUGAAGAAGAAUUACAAGUAUGCUUUCCUUGGAAUAAAUGAUAUCCAAACGGAGGGCACAUUUGUAGAUCUGAAUGGAGCACCUCUACGUUAUACCAACUGGAAGUCAGGGGAGCCCAAUGAUUACAAUGAUAAUGAAGAUUGUGUUAUAGUGCUAGACAAUCAGUUAUGGAAUGAUUUUAAUUGUGAACAUAAAUCACCAAUAUUUUGUGAAGUUUAAUCUAUUUAUAAAGAAUUCUAACUCUGGAGGCACACAAAAUAGUUGUUGGGAGCAUGUAGUAAAUGAAAUUAACUUUUUACUCUGAGAUCAAGACUACAGAUGGGUUUUUGCCUGAGCUUUGCUUUUUGUUGGAAAUUACCAAAUGUCACAAAAUUGCACUACUGAAGAAUGUGCAAAUGAUAGAUUUUCCAUCUCAAUUAAAGAUUGGUGAGAAUCCAUUUCAGUUCAUUGAAAAGUCAAAUACAUGUAAAUGUGCAAAAUUUGAAUACACAAAUAAAUGAAACUCACAGAUUUAACCAUU